UAGAAACUACUAUUGAUGCAUCAUGGGUAAGACGCGAAAUUUGAACGGGGACCGAGAUGUGAAAGAAUAUGAGAUAAAAAAUACUUCAGCAAACAGACAUGUCCAGAAGAAGAAGAAGAUGUUUUACUCGUUUAUUAGAAGAAUUAGCACAGAAGAGGAAGAAGACGACAACGUAUUCUUAGAUGAAGGCAGUGACCAGAAGAUGAAGAAAACCCAGAAACGUCGCACUGUAUUGUUUAUCCCUGGAUUCCGUAAAAGUAAAAAGACGACUGUCAGCUCAGAAAAUGAUGUACCUCAGGAACAGAUGAUUGUUUUAGGAAAUGUUUGUAGAGACACUGAUUCUGUUUUGUAUAGGAGCAACCAUGAUACUGAUACACAAGUGAAGGGUUCAUCAAGGAGUAGUAUUUCCAGUUUAGAUACUUUAGUUUCUAUUGAUAGUGGAGUAGAUUGUGGUCAAAUAUCUACAAGUAGUCUGAGUAGUAUAGAAAGUUUAGGUAGUUCCUAUGAAGUAAUGAAUGAUAAAAACUGUAAACCUCACGGCCGUGCACCAAUUGCUUCGCCAGAAGAUGAUUUAUUAUUAGAUGAAGCUAACCCAAAGCAUGAGAAAGACAAUUCAAAGUAUGAAAAUUUGACAUUUACACAUAAUAAUUCUGCAUCAUCCUUUUGUACAUUAAGUGACAAUAAUUCUUCUUGUACUUGUGGUUCCUGUUGUGAUUCAGAAUCUUCUGAUUCAGACAGUGAGGACAGUCUACAGCGAACACCUGCACAGAGUGAUACUGAAAGUGAUUCAGAUUCUGGUAGCAAAACUAAAUCACAUAGAAGACGACAAUUUGAUUCUGACACUGAUUCUGAUUCCGAUAGUGAACAAUCUGACCAAUAUUUCAGACAAACUCAGUGCUUAAAUUCUUCAAUUUUACCACCAAAAAAUGUUGCAACUGACAAGAACAGUAAACCAUUGAAGAAAUUAGUUAGAAGUAAUAGUAAACUGAAUCUCUCACUCAGGAAGUUUAUGAAAAAAGGCAGUAAAUUAGACUUAUCAUUGAGGAAAUUUAUAAAAGGCAGCAAAAAGACUGAUUCUGCUUCAAAUAAAGGUGCAAAAAGCAAAAGUAAAAUAUGUGUUCCUGAAUUAAAAGCUUCACCCAAAAGAGUUCUCCCAAAGCGGCCGCCAUUAGAAUGGAACAAGACAUCCUCACUGAAAAAAUCUUCUUCAGUUGAUAACAACUCUGUGAUUUUAUCGAAAAAUACAAACACUUUGCCAUUAAGAUCCUCUAGUAGUUUGACAGUGAACAAGUCUUUAUGUGAUAAUUUUUGUGAACCAUUGACUGAUAGUGACAGUAGCAGUUUUUCAAGAUCACGUUCAGGAAGUGAUAGUAGUGGUAGUAGUUUUAGAGGUCGUAGUGGUAUCAAGUUAGGUAACAGUGUGAAAAAACUUCAUCGAAGUAAGAGUGAUUGUUCUAAUAAACCUCAAUUAGUAUUCAACAAACGACUGAACAUUUCCCAACCUCUUGAUAACCCUAGAUCAUCAAGACAGGUUGUCAGUAACAGUCCAGCUUUACAAAUUCGUUCACAUAGCAUGGCAGAAAAUCACUGUGAAAUUGAUAUUGAUACAUGUAAGAGUCCUUUGGAAGUUCGUCAAUCAAUGGAGAAAACAGCUUUCUGGAUAGAGAACAAUGACUAUGACAAAACACCAGAUGUGUCAUCAACAGAAUCUUUGUUACAGACGAGUCGAGAUGUGACAGAAUCAGACCUGUGUAAUCAGAUCAUUGGUAUAUACUUUGGUGAAGAGAACGAUAGUGAUUCAUCCUUAUCAUCAUCCUGUCUUGACAAUUCCAUGGAUACAUCUCUAAUUUCUGAUGACCUUGUGUCUAAUGUUUCAUCUACCCAACUAGAGACAAACCUUGAUGACUUUUCCAUGGCAACAUUUGUUCCUGCACCUUAUCAAACAGCUGAGGCUAAAACCAGAAAAAUUCAUAAAGCUGAGAGUGUCCCUGAGAGGAAAGUAAAGUCAUCUGAUACAAAGAUGACAAGAAAGGACAAGGUGGUUCUUAAAGAAAGGGUAGAUAACUCUUACAAUAAGCCUUCAGUAAAAUGUCAAUCUGCCUCAGAUGUUGCAUGCCACAGUAAAAAGACCAGGAUGUUGAGUGAAGAAGAGAUUGACACUAUAACAAAGAUCCACACGAUAUGUAAUGGUCAGAGAACUGUACAGUAUCUGGAUCUCAAUGAUAUUCCUCUUAACUUCAAACAUUUUCCUCCUCCAAAGAGAGCCAGUAAAGUAGCCUGGAAUCAUGACCUGUUUACAGAUGAGAAGAUACACCAUACACCUCAAUCAAAACAACCUUCCCUACCCAGACCUAUAUUACAACAGAAGCCAAAAGAUUUUACUUACCCAUAUAAAGAAGAUGAGCCUUCUCCUAUAGUGAUUACAAAAGUUCGGCGAAGUAAAUCAUUGCCAAGAAAGUCUAGAGAAUGGCCUUGGUGAAGUAAAAAAGGGUGAAAAGGACACACCAAUGUUAACAGUCGUCUUCCAUAGGUAUAACAAAAGUUCAUCGCAGUAAUUAACUGCCAGGGAAUGGCCAUGAUGUAGUUCAGAAACAUUUACACAGCUCAACCAUGGAUGGACUAGUGCCUUGAUACUAAAUUAUAUGAUGUAAUGAAAAUAUGAAAGAAGUGGAAUUUGUUAUUUGAAUGAUAUAUUUUAUAGAAUGAAAAUUUCUUUGUAUGUAUGAAUAGAUGUUUGUUAUGAAAGGUGUCAUUUUGUGAGUUUUAUAUGAUAGAAUUUUUAUACAAAAGUGAAUGAAUUUCUUAAUUGAACAUGAUAAUGGUUGAUGUUUUCUAGAAAGAUCGAGUGAAACUUCAUGAAAAUAUAUGACAUAGUUUCUAUUGUAUAAACUUUCUUGGAACUGUAUUUAACACAAUCAGUGCUCUGUAUGUUUUAAUAAAAACAUACCUGUUUAACUUAUUUAUUAAACAAUUUGUUACCAAAUGUGUAUGAUCAUAUUGAAUUGUAAAAAAUAUACUUUUUAUACCCACACCAACAAGAAAUCACCCAUGUACAAUUUCAUCCUUAUUUAUUUAUUAAUCAUACAUAUUGAAAUAAAAUUUAGAAAACAAGA